AUGAUCGGCUUCCGCGGCUGCGGCCGGUACGCGGACCCCGCCUUCGAGGACUGCUUUGCCUUGGAGCUGAAGGCGAUGAAGAAGGUGAGGGAGGACAUGGGCAUGACGAACGUGGAGCUGAUGAUCCCGUUCGUGCGCACGCUGGACAUGGCUGCGGACGUGCUGGACAUCCUGAAAAAGAACGGCCUCGAGCGCGGAAAGAACGGCCUGAAGGUGAACAUGAUGGCCGAGCUGCCCUCCAACGUGUUCCUUGCAGAGGAGUUCCUCGAGUACUUCGACGGCUUCUCCAUCGGCAGCAACGACCUCACGCAGCUCACGCUGGGCCUCGACCGCGACUCCGGGCUCGUCGCGCAGUACUUCGACGAGGAGAACCCGGCGGUGCUGAAGGGCCUGUCCAUGCUCAUCCAGGCCGCCAAGAAGAAGGGCAAGUACGUGGGCAUCUGCGGCCAGGGGCCGUCCGACAAGCCGGAGCUUGCGAAGUGGCUCAUGGACGAAGGCAUCGACUCCGUCUCCCUGAAUCCCGACAGCGUCAUCCCCACCUGGCUCUACCUCGGCGGCGAGAAGCCCGAGUGA